UGCUGUGUAACUGAUGGUUUUACUUUACUGUCUUGACAAGAAAAUGCAAAGGGCAGAUUUGCACUCGAUCAAGGCUGAUGGCAAGAUAAACUGCUGCGUUUAAUCAUCUUUGAGAUGGUGCCAGAAUAGCAAGAUAUGUAAGCGAAGGAAUAUGUUUGCCUGCACUGCAGAAUUAAGUUGUAUCUGUAGAACUUUGUAAUUUAGGUUGCAGAUUUUGAGUCAAGUAAUUUUAUUGUGCGCUCUUAGUUGCAAGGUACUCGAACUUCAAUCUAAAAUUCUCUUCGUUAAUGAAUUUUCAUUCUCCUUUAUCAAGAUUUUGAAGUAAGAUGUUCAUGUAAUCUUCCUCAAAAAAAGCAUGCAUUGAUUUGACAUGGUAAAAGAUAUGCUCUUUAUGAUUAGCAAGCAUAGCUACAACAUGGGAUCGAUCGAUCCAAAAAGCUAACCUUUUUCAAAUUAAACAUUUAGAAGGGCAAUCAUGCAGGAUAAAUGAAUUGGUCAAUGGAUCGUAGAAGAUUCCAACACUUUGUAGAAGUUGCUAGUCAAGGCAUACAACUGCGAGAAAAUUAGGAAGACAGUUACACUGUAGCUAUAAAUUUCGUAGCUGUCAUGAUCCUGCCAUAAACAUUCAGCCCUUGUUCUUUACACUGAUAUUUCCUGAUGUUCUCUUCUUGGUGUAUUUAUUAAUUCAUCAAACACUCAAUAUCAUGCUAUCAAAACCUCUACCAGAAAGCUAUAUUAAGCUUCAAAACUGAUUUUGUCAGUAGGAUUUAGUUUCUCUGGUUUGUUCCUUGGUACUCUCUUUGACAAAUCGCUUUUUCUCAAGUGAUAAAAAAUCAAGAAAAUACAAUCAGGGCCGGUUUCUUUCACUAUAUGGGCAAGAAAAUCAAGAACGAGCGAACCAGUGCCGUGCAACAUUGCAAUGAAGUUAAGGUCUCGGACUUACAGAUGACAUUCUGUCACUGCCAUCUUUCAUUUGGUGAGAGAGAAACAAAGAUCACUAGGUCAGGGUCUCUCUCUCUUUCUUUAUGGGAGCACUAUGUAAUUUAACCUUCUGCUGCACCAAAUGGCAGUAAAGUUCCUUUCUUUCACUCACAAAACCCUAACCCAAAACCCUAAAUCAAAAUCCCUCUACGUUUCUUACUUCCUAAACCACACUCUCUCUCAAGACCAAUAUGACCCGCCAUUUUCUCUCACCAAAAAACCCAAACCCAAAAACACCACCAAGCCGAGAGAAACGCCUGACCCGAAUAAUGACCCGAAACUCCCUGUAAAAUCGGACCUUCCUUUUGACUUCAGAUACUCAUAUUCUGAGUCAAAUCCUGCAAUUGAGCCAAUUGGGUAUCGUGAGCCGAAACGCUUUUCUCCCUUCGGACCUGGUCGCCUUGAUAGGAAAUGGACUGGCACUGCUGCUCCGACCCAGCUGGAGACGGACAUGGAGAAGUUAAUGGAGGAGAGGAAUCGGGUUCUUGGGGACCCACUUACGGAGGAGGAGGUGGCGGAGCUUGUGGAGCGGUAUCGCCAUAGUGAUUGCUCCAGGCAAAUCAAUUUGGGCAAGGGAGGGGUUACUCACAAUAUGUUGGAUGAUAUCCACAACCAUUGGAAGAGAGCUGAAGCUGUGAGGAUCAAGUGUUUGGGAGUACCAACUCUUGAUAUGGACAAUGUUUGUUUCCAUCUUGAGGAUAAAUCUGGUGGGAAGGUUGUCUAUAGGAACAUUAAUAUUCUUAUUUUGUAUCGGGGUCGAAAUUAUGAUCCUGAGAACCGGCCUGUUAUUCCCCUCAUGUUGUGGAAGCCUUAUGCGCCUAUAUAUCCGAAGCUUGUUAAGAAUGUGGCUGAUGGUUUGACGUUUGAAGAGACGAAAGAAAUGAGAAACAGAGGAUUGAAUUCUCUGCCCCUGAUGAAACUCACCAGGAAUGGUGUGUAUGUGAAUGUGGUUGACAGAGUGAGGGAUGCUUUUGAAACUGAGGACGUUGUGAGACUGGACUGCAAACACGUGGGUAUGAGUGACUGCAAAAAGAUUGGUGUGAAACUAAAGGAUUUGGUACCUUGUGUUCCUAUUUUAUUCAAGGACGAGCAGGUUAUUCUUUGGAGGGGCAAGCGAAAUCAGGAACUGGAAUCAUCAACUGCCUGAGCGCAAACUUUAGAUACUUGACUAGGCUGUGUUUUUGGCUAGCCAGGAUUGCUGAUUGCAGUUUGCUUGUUCUCUAGACACACUCAACUGGCUGAGGCAACAUGCAUUGGCUUGGUUUACCUGAUCAAACCAACAACAUAUCAUCCUUCGUCACCUGUUUGCUGAAAGGUCCAUCCAUUUCCUCCUUUGCGUAAAGGACUGUAGCGUUGCCCAUUUGCUUAAAAUUGGCAGUCUGUUAGACUAAAAUUGAGGCCUGAUUAGUACAAUCUUAUCACAUGGCAAGAACUCGUGUAUUUUCUUGUUUGAGAUUGUUUUUAAAACUCACUCUUUGGUCUAACCGCAAUAUCCUUAGUUGUUUCUAUAUCCGGGUCAUUAUGCCAUCUUAGGUGUAAAGAAAGUUGAGACAGAACUCCGAAGUUUCAGGUUCUUAAAAGUCUUGUUAUCCUAUUCGAGUUUUGAUAC